AUGACGGAGCCGCCACCCAUGACGGACACGGCCAAGAAGCGGCUCGCCGUGCUCGAGAAGCUGAAAUCCGUCGACGACGCGACGAAGCAGGAGCGCGAGGCCCAGCUGUCCCUGCGGCGCAAGCUCACCAAGGCCCGCGAGGAGGCGCGCGCCCGGUCGCGGCGCGCGGCGGACCUGGACCGGGAGUGGCGCUGCGCGCAGAUCGCCGCGCGGCGCCUCGAGCUCGAGCGCGCGCAGAAGAAGCUGGACGACGUCGACGACGCGCGGCGGCGCGCGCGGCUCGCGCUCGAGCUUCUCACGGAGCCGAAGGACGGCGAGGCGCGCGCGUACCGCACGGAGGCCCGGGAGCGCGAGGACGCGGCGCGCGAGGCGGGCCGCGCGUCGUCCCUCGCCGCCGGCGAGGCGCGGCGCCGCGCGCUGCGGGGCGAGCGCGCCGCGCUCGAAGGCGAGCGCGACGCCCUGGCGCUCCGGCGGCGCGCCGUCGACGCGAAGGGCCGCCUGAGCCGCGCGCGGCUCGUCGAGGCGGAGCUCAAGGCCGGCGAUGCGGGCGACGACGACGCGCGCGAGGCCCUGGAGCGGCUCGUGCUGGGCCCGUCGUCCGCGCUGCCGACGCUGCCGACGCUGUCGACGCCGUCCGCCGCGGACGACGACGUCGAGCAGGCCAUGUUCGCCGACGUCGUCGAGGGCGACUUCACGCCGCGCGUCGACGACGUGGCCGCGCCGCCCUACCCGGCGGCGGCCGCGGAAACCAUGGCCGAGCGGCCCGCGACGCCCGACGGCGGCGACGUGCUCCGCGAGGCCGAGGGCUGGCUCGCGGGGUCGACGACCGAAACGCUCGACGCGCUGGCGCGCGACGUCGAGGCGUCGGGCGAGGAGGUCGCCUGGGCCGCGGGCGGGCCCUGGGACCCGCUGACGCCCGCGGCGGUGUCGCGCGUCGCGAAAGCGGACGCCGCGGCGCUCGCCGCCGCGAAAGACGCGGCGGCCGCGAAGGCGCGCGACCUGGACCGCCUCGAGGCCUACGACGCCAUCUUCGACCGCGGCCGCGCGGGCGAGUGGGCGUCGCGGGGCGGCGUGUUGGAGCUGGCCGCGCGCGACGCCGCGGACGACGUCGCGGACGAGGCCGUGCGAGAGGCGUUGUACCAAGUCGCCGGCGAAUCGGCGGCCGCGCGCGACGCGUCGGCGAAGCUCGUCGCCCACGCGCUCCUCGGCGGCGGCGACGACGAUGAUGAUUUUGACGCGCUCGUCGCCGCAAAACGGCAGCUCGCCGCGCGCGACGCGGGCGGGCCAAAAGUGCCAUUUGGGGAAUUCACGGCCGCGCUCGACCAGAAUCUAAAGCCCGCGCGGCUCGCGGCGCCGGCGCCGCGCCUCGCGGACCAGGACGGCGAUAUGCAAGUGGAGCAGGAGGCGCUGCGGCGCUGCUGGGCGCGGGGGCCGGGCCGCCGGUCCGCGCGGCUCGAGGUCCCGGCGGGGGACGUCGUUUCGGCGGUCGACGCGGCGCGCCUCGCGGACCGCGCCGGCCUGCCGACGGACGUCGUCGUCGUCGCGCUCGGCACGGCGGCGGGCGGCGUCGGCGUCGCCGCGGCGCCCUGCGGCGGCGGCGGGCGAACCGACGACGAGGAAGAACGCCUCCCGGAGGACGGCGGCGCGGCGUCCUGGGCCUUCGACGGCGCCGCGACGGCCGGCGCCGUCAUGGCGACGACGCGCUUCCCGGCGCCCAUCGCCGACGUCGCUUUGGACGCCGCCGGGCGGCGCGCCGUCUCCGUCGACGCCGCUGGUGUUGUUUGUGUUUGGCUCGUCGAGGUCACCGCGGCUUUGUCGGUCAACUCCGUGUCGCUCGAGACGCUUUUAGACGAGCGCGCGCUCCGGGGCCGCGCGCCCGCGGACGUCUGGCCCGACGUCUUCCCCGUGGCCGCGCGCGUCGACGACGGCGGCCGCGCGCCGGGCGCCCUCGACGACGACGACGCGUGGGCGCGGCGCGACGACGCGCCGCGGCUGUGGAUCUCGACGCGCGGCGGGCCGCUCGCGCGGUGGCAGUGCGUGCUGCCGCCGCCGCCGCCGCCGCCGGAGAAGCCAAAAAAGGGCUGGUUUGGAUCUUCCAAAAAAAAGGCGGCGCCGGCGCCGCCGGAGCCCGUGCCGACGGACAGGGGCGUCCUCGUCGGCGCGCUGCGGUUUCACGAGAGCCCGCCGUCGCGCCACGCGUACGUCGGCGCGCGGCUCGCCACCGUCGAACCCGCGGGCACUCUGGCGCUCUGGGACCCCAGACCGCCGGCGGACGACCUCGACUGGACGGUCCAGGCCGACGCGUGGCCGCGCGCGUUCCCCGCCGCGGCCGCGGCCCUCGACGGCGCCGCGUCCGCGCCGCCGACGGCGACGGCGGCCGUGCUCUUCGACGCCGCCCACGCGGCCGACGAUGUUCGCGGCGACGCCUGUCAGCGCUGCCUCGCGGCGACGUACGACGUCGCCGAGGACCGGAGCUUGGGCGCGCGCGGCUCGGAGGCGCGCUACGCCUCCGGCGCGGCGCGGCUCGCGGCGACGCGCGACACGAAGGGCCGCCUCGCGACCCUCGUCCGCGAGGCGCCGUGUCCCGUGGCGCGCACCGUGGUGCUCGACGUCGCGCCCCUGCCGGACGCCGCGGGCCUCUGCGUCCUCGAGCACCGCGGCGCGGAUCCCGGCGACGUCCUGGCGUUCGACGACGCGCUCGUCGCCGCGUCCGUGGCCUUCCCGGCGGCGGGGCCCCGGGUCGUCGCCAAGGCGACGGUGGCCUACUCCGUGCCCCGCGAGCGCGCGGGCGCGGACCCGCGGACCUGCGGCGUCGCCGUCGCGGGCGGGUUUUUGUACCUGCGCGUCGGCGCCGCGGUCCUCGUCUUCGGCCACGGCGUCGGCUCGCCGUUCUCGCCCGUCGCCGUCCUCGACGUCGGCGCGGCGCCGAUCCGCGGGCCGGGCAACGCGGCGGCCGUCGCGCCCGACGCCGUCGUCGCCGCGACGCCCCGCGGCGCCGUCCUCGUCGCCGCGCCGGCCUUCGCGCCGCCGGCGUCGCACCGCGGCAGCCCGCGCGCCUUCGCGGGCGCCUUCUUCCUCGACGACGGCGACUAA